GCUCUCUAACAGGGCCCCGCCCCCUCCCGGGGAAAGGGCGCUGCUUCUUUAUGUUUCACGCGCGGGCGCCGAGUCUGUGCGCCGCGGGCGGGCGCACUCCGACUGCUUCCCUCGCCCGCGCGGGAGACCGGAGCCAUUGCCCGCGCGGGGCGAGCCUAAAAUAGAAUAUCAACCACGUGCUUGAUUUAAUGAAGCGGUGAGAGACGUGCAGCCUGACGCUCCCGCCUACGGGACCGGGACCGGGACCGCCUCGACCUGGAGUCCCUUGCCCGGCGGCCCCGAGGGAGGAGGCGCUUUGUGUCCGUCUUGCGGUGCUCGUGCGAAUUGUAAAUUAGGUCUUUAUUCUCAAGAUGGAAACACCCGUAUUUGACAAAUUGGCAUCACCAUGUAGUACUCCAGAGGACCCUAGGACACCAGCCCCUCCAAGGACAAGCUCAGGGAAACAGCCAAUGAGUGCAACACUUAGAGAGCGAUUGAGGAAAAUGAGACGCUCGUUUAAUUCCGGUUCCAUUGUGGCAAAGCGUCUUAAGGUUGAUGCUGAAGGAAAAGAUUGUGCUUCUGAGGAAGCGGCUCAAUCCAUAAAGGAACCCUGUUCUGCCUUACAAGACAGUUCUCAAAGCCUGGAGGCAAACUGCACCGAAAGUAGCCCUUUGGAGAGUCCUUUGCAGGAGGGCCAUUCCUGCGGAUGUGUUCAGAAUUUGCCACACACUGUGUCGUUUGGGCCUGGCCUAAAUCAACAGGACUUAUUGGAGGAGAAGAGAAGACUUGUGAAGCAGCUUCAAGAGAAGGAAGAGCUGCUGCGUAGGCUCAGAUUGGUCAAGAUGUACAGAUCCAAGAACAACCUGUCCGAACUGCAGUGUUUGAUAGCUAAAUGGAGGAGUAGCGCCCAGUUGAUGCUUUAUGAGCUCCAAUCAGCAUUCUCUACAGAUGGAAAGAAAGUGAGCCUCACCCAGUUGAUAGACAGCCUUGGAUUAGAAGACCAAUUGCUACACUACAGCAGAACGGAGGAAGACUUUAUAGAUACAUAAUCAACAAAUGCAAAGCUCUCGUUACAAAAAUGUGCCCUCAAAAACGACUGCAUAAACUCUGAUUGCAUCAGAUAUAUUAAAUCAUCAUAGUUGUUUGCUUCAGUACUGGCUUGUUCUAAUAGACUGUUCACAGAGCCAUGUAAUUAGAUACAGUAUGUGCUGUAAGAGGCAGUUAUUUUCUGGGGAAGAUUAACUCAUGUUGAUGAUUUGAGAAAAUUACCAUUGAGCGUGAAGAAAUAUGAAAAUGAAAUCUAGUAAUAUUUUACUUAAA